AUGUCCAGCCAAGAGUACUAUCACCAGGGCGGCUACCCUCCCCAGCAGGGCUAUCCCCAACAGGGCGGCUAUCCUCAGCAGGGCGGUUAUCCUCAGCAGGGUGGUUAUCCUCCUCAGCAGCCUCCAAAUGUCUACGGCGGUCAAUAUGGUCCUCCUCAGGGCCAGCAGUAUCCUCCCCAGGGCCAAGCUCCCAUGCAGUACGAGCAGGCUCCUCCCCCUGAGGCGCAGCGCGGUCGCGGUGGCGACCAGGGCUGCUUGAUGGCCUGUAUCGCCGCCCUCUGCUGUUGUUGCGCCGUCGAAGAGGGUUGCGAGUGCUGCAUCGAUCUUUGCGAAUGCUUCUUCUAA